CAGUUGCGGCUCCAGAGGAGGCGGGGAUCGCCUGGUGGAGAGUCACGUGUUGCCGAGAAGUCACGUGCCUGCAGUGUGUACAUAGCUUGUUAGAUACAUAGCCUCCAAGUGUGUACAUAGCCUGGUACAUAGCCUGCAGUGUGUACAUAGCCUGGUACAUAGCCUGCAGUGUGUACAUAGCCUGGUACAUAGCCUGCAGUGUGUACAUAGCCUGCAGUGUGUACAUAGCCUGCAGUGUGUACAUAGCCUGGUACAUAGCCUGCAGUGUGUACAUAGCCUGGUACACAGCCUGGUACAUAGCCUGCAGUGUGUACAUAGCCUGGUACAUAGCCUGCAGUGUGUACAUAGCCUGCAGUGUGUACAUAGCCUGGUACAUAGCCUGCAGUGUGUACAUAGCCUGGUACACAGCCUGGUACAUAGCCUGCAGUGUGUACAUAGCCUGGUACAUAGCCUGCAGUGUGUACAUAGCCUGGUACAUAGCCCUGCAGUGUGUACAUAGCCUGGUACAUCGCCCUGCAGUGUGUACAUAGCCUGGUACAUAGCCUGGUACAUCGCCUGCAAGUGUGUACAUAGCCUGCGGAAGUACACGGAGUGUGGAUAUACACCACGUCAGAACAGCCUGCUCAGGGCCCUUACGGAGGAGGCCAUGGACCUGGACGGGUCGAGCGGAGUAGCUGAAAACGGCGACGAGAGCAACGCGCAGACACCCCUCAGCCCCCUCCGAGUGUUCCUAGAGUCGACGCUGGCUGCUCGUGGUGGUGGUGAGGGUGGUGGUGGUGGUGAUGGUGGCCGCGUCUUGCUGAUGGUGGAGCCGGGCGAGUCGGUGGCGGGGCUCAGGGCCAGGGUGGCGAGGGCGCUGCAGCGUCCUCACGCAAGCGGCAGCACGGACUUCCACUUACUGCUGGAUCGGACGAGGCUGCUGGAUGGGAGGAGAUCUGUCCACGAGGCUGGGCUAAGGAACGGCUCAACACUCACUGUGGUACCAGCGCUGAACUCUGGGCUCAAGGCUGCUCGUCCGAAGGCUGAGAACUCCAUUAUGCAGGCACUGCAAUCACUCACAGACAGUCAGGUGAGCGACUUCCUGUGCGGGCGCUCACCGCUCACCCUCACCCUCACCACCCUGGCCGGCUCCCUCAGCUUCGUGCAGCUGCAACUCGCAGCCCGGCCAACCCGGGGAGGUCGCCGCGGGGGAGGUCACGAGGGAAGUCGCCGCGGGGGAGGUCACGUGACUUCGGAGGAAGCGACGCAGGCCACGUGCUCUGGCGCCAGCUUGGAUAGUCUCCACCAACUCUACCCUGGAUGCUUCUCCGGCAUUUUCUCAGGGUCACUGCCGCCCUCCACGUGCGGUCACCGGCGAGGCGGCGGCGGCGGCGGCGGCGUCCCCCGGCAGGAGGAGGUGGCCGUCGUCUACCGCAUCCUCCUCGACCUCCUGGCGGCCUCGCGGGCCCAGCGCAGCCACAACAACAACAACAACAGCGGUCACAACAACAGAGGUCACAACAACAACAACAACAGCAGCCACCACAGCGACGACGCCCGGACCCCGAGGGCCUCCAGCAAGGCGACCCCGGCGUGGGACGGGAGCAGGGCAGCGGAGACGCACGGCAUUGUGGGAGGCUGCCGUGGGCUCCCCCAGCAUCAACAUCCUCAACAUCAACAUCCUCAGCAUCCUCAGCAUCCUCAACAUCAACAUCCUCAGCAUCCUCAACAUCCUCAGCACCACUGUCACCACCACCAGCAGCACCACCACCACCAGGAGCAGCAGCAGCAGCAGCUGGAGGAGUCUGCGGUGAACGCGACGACGCGCAGCAAGCUGCAGGCCGUGCGCCUGCUGCUGCAGAGGCGCCGGGAGAGGAGGGCGCUCCGCGCCCCCUACCACGGCAACGGCGGCGGCGGCCGUCGUCGCCGUGGCGACCACCCCCCCGCCGCGGCGACGGCCGUCGCCACGGCGACGGCCGUCGCCGCGGCGGGGGGGGAGUCGCCGCCCGAGUCGCCGCGGUACGACGCGCGGUGCUACGCGGCCGCCUAG